AUGCGUUGGACAAAUUACCUUCAGGCUGCAUCUGCAAUAGCAGCGACGGUCGCACAAGCUUCUACAUUGACCCCGCCAGUGAUACCAUUAAUUGUUCGAAAUCCAUAUUUGAGUGCUUGGUUAGGACAUGCAAGAGAGAAUCCCUGGGAACAUUGGCCUAUAUUUUGGACAGGUCAAGAGAUUGGAUUUUCUGUACUUGCCUCAGUACCAGGCGCUGAUACCGUUUAUCCAUUAUUGGGUAGACCUCACGAUUCAUUGAGUAAAUCUGGCGAUAGUUUCAAUGUAUCAUAUCCGACAUUCCUAGGUGCUACUUUUGAUGCGUCGACUACAAACCUCACCUAUAAUAUUCCUUCGCCAUCGAAAUCCCAAGAGCCACUCGAAGUCGUUUUAUCAUUUCUAUCUCCAAUUACACCAACCUCUACUUUCCGACAAUCAAUACCUGCGGCAUACGUAACUGUGCAUGUCACCGGAGAUUUCGAUCUCGACGUAUACUUGGAUAUAAAUGGAUUAUGGGUUAGUGGUAAUAGGGCCAAUGCCAUUGAUUGGUCAUUCAGUCAGAGUGAACCGGAAAAUGAUAGCAGCGAUCCACCACUAAAGAUCUGGAAGGCCAAGAGAGUAGUUGAGCAACUGUUCACUGAAUGGGGUGACCGUUCAGAAUGGGGACAAUUACACUUCAUAGGCCCAGCUGAAGCCAACCAUCAAGCUGGUACGUCUGGUAUAUUACGAACCAACUUUUCACGAAGCGGGAAAUUACAAAAUACUGUUGACACCAACUUUCGAGGAAUUAUGGAUGAGGAACCAGUCUUCGCGUUUGCCUAUUCAUUCAAGCUCAAUUCCACUUCUAAUUCCACUUCUGCUGGAAGUGGGAAAACAUACGCCAGUGCUCUCUUUACCAUUGCACAUAUUCAAAAUCCUGUCAUUCAAUUUGCUUCCGCUCGAGGCUUGACAGCCAUGCGUCCAUUGUGGGCUUCGUAUUAUCCGGAAGCCGAUGACUUGCUUGAAUACCAUUAUAAAGACUUUCAAACAGCCUUCAAUCUCGCAAGCAACUAUUCGGAUCAGCUUGCGAUUGAUGCUCUACAAUCUGGUUCUGAAGAUUACAAGGACAUCCUCGCGCUCAGUGCACGUCAAGUAUUGGGUGCUGCUUCUUUUGCUGGUACUCCUGAUGAUCCUGUUAUUUUCUUCAAGGAAAUCUCUUCUGAUGGAAACAUGAACACUAUUGAUGUCAUUUACCCCGCUUUCCCAUUCUUCUUAUAUACCAAUCCUAGAUGGUUGGCAUACAUGCUGGAGCCUUUAAUCGAACACAUGCUUAGUGGUCAAUAUCCAAAUGAUUACGCCAUGCAUGAUCUUGGGUCAUCAUUUCCUAAUGCAACAGGACAUCCAGACGGUAGAGAUGAAUACAUGCCCGUUGAAGAAUGUGGUAAUAUGCUCAUCAUGGGUUUAGCAUUGGUCAACUCACUUAAAUAUGACACCAAGCCAGCAAGCAUCUGGUCCAAUCAAGGUGAUCACAAAACUGCUCAAUUCAUUGAAAGUGCUUUCCCACUUUUUGUCGAUGCAGAUGGUAUGGAUGAUAGUGUUGGGGGUCCCAUCGAGGUCAAGGGUGAAAAGCAAGCAAGAAAAUGGGUCAAGAAAUCAUACAAACUAUGGAAACAAUGGACAGGGUAUUUGGUCAGGGAAACUCUCAUCCCUAGUAACCAAUUGUCAACCGAUGACUUUGCGGGGUGGUUAGCCAAUCAAACAAACCUUGCACUGAAAGGUAUCAUAGGAAUCAAGGCUAUGAGCGAGAUUGCUGAAGUGGUUGGUGAAACCGAGGAUGCUGUCUUCUACCGCAAUAUUUCCGAAACCUACAUUAAACGAUGGGAGGAUGAAUUUGCCUUUUCCAGGGAUGGAACUCAUGCUAAAUUGGCAUAUUCUUGGUAUGGAUCAUGGACCAUUCUAUACAAUCUGUUUGCAGAUUCAUUACUUUGUUUCCACAUCCCAUCAAGCUCUUCAUCUACUCCAAGCAUUGGAAACGGUCAAAAACCCAUCACUCUUCCUGAUCAACAAACUUCAAAGACCGGAUUUGUAAGUGACAAGGUUUACAAACUACAGAGUGAUUGGUACCACUCAGUUCGACAGAAGUACGGGUUACCUCUUGAUAGUCGCCAUCUUUAUACCAAAAGUGAUUGGGAAUUCUUUGCAGUUUCAGUUGCUAGUAAGAAAGUUCGCGAAGAAAUUGUGGACUCAAUUGCAUUAUGGGUCAAUGAGACUACAACAGAUAAACCACUUACAGAUUUGUAUGACACUGAAGGAACUGGUGGGUUCCCAGGUAUUGAGUUUAAGGCUAGACCAGUCGUUGGAGGACAUUUCGCAUUCUUAGCAUUAGAAAGAGCAUGUGAUGGAAAGGCCGUUGCUGCAUUAGACUUCUUGAACGAAGAUGAGAAGUUAGAUGUAUCUGAAGAAGAGAUGAUGCAUAACGAAGAAUUGUAG